CUUUACUUCUUUGGCUAAAAGCACCUCGAGAAUUCAACUGGAUUUGGGUUGGGGUUGGAUCUUGGUUUAGAGGCACAGGUUGCAGGAAAAUCUAGUUUUUUGACUUUGUAGCCAAAGCUAAAGGUUCGGUUCCUUGGUGUCAUCAUGGAUUCUCCACAGUCAGUUGUUUCGAGCUCUGUUGUAGCUGAGCCUGAGAAGCAGAAGUCUGAUUUUUUCUGUCAUGGUUCUGGAGGCUUAUCAAAGGGAUCUCAAGUUAAUGGAAAGGAAACCUUAACGUCUAACCUCAACGGUAUUGGGGUCCUUGAUGUCUACAUACACCAGGCUAGGGACAUCCAAAACAUCUGCAUUUACCACAAGCAAGAUGUCUAUGCCAAGCUUUGUCUGACUAGUGAUCCUGAAAUCACGGUGUCCACCAAGAUCAUAAAUGGUGGUGGGAAGAAUCCUGUGUUCAAUGACAAUCUAAGUCUCAAGGUUCGUACUGUUGAAUCCUCCCUCAAAUGUGAGAUAUUCAUGAUGAGCAGAGUGAGGAACUAUCUUGAAGACCAGUUGCUGGGGUUUGCAUUGGUACCAUUGUCUGAAGUCCUCAUCAACAAAGGGAAGUUAGAGAAAGAGUUCUCUCUUUCUUCUACUGAUCUGUUCCAUUCUCCGGCGGGUUUUGUCCAGUUGUCCCUUGCGUACACUGGAUCUUCACCAGAAGUGAUGGCCAUUCCUGCCAUGCCUACUCCAGCUGAAGCUGUAAAGGACUCAGACAUGCCUGUGUCAGCUCCUAAUGAGCUGGACAAGAUUGAGUUCCCAGAUCCAAAAAUAGUGAAUGAGAACCAGAUGAUGGUUUCUGAGUACUUUGGAAUCACUUGUACCAAUCUAGACUCAGAAACUUCUGAGAGUCUGGCCACUUCUGAUACUGAAAAUCAGGUUAGUUCAGAAAUGGAUGUUCAUGUAGUGGAAAACAUCUCCACUGCUACAGUGGAUUCUGUCCAAGCCCCCAAGCUUGAUUCUCCUCCAAGCAGUGUAUCAACAAAUGGAGUCUCUUCCCCAUCUAUUGCUGCAAGCUGUGAUUCCUCUGAUGCUCCAGCGGCUUCAAAGACAGCCGCCCAGAAACACAGCUCAGCCCCGAAAGAGAAAACUGCUGAAGUUAUAGAUGGUGAGAGUGAUUCCUCUGGGGUACCAAGCGAUUCAGUUUCAAAGCCAGUUGUCUCUGUGAAUAUCGAACCUGAGCAAAAGGUAGUCCAGCAGGAGAUAGUGGACAUGUAUAUGAAAAGCAUGCAGCAAUUUACUGAGUCAUUGGCAAAAAUGAAACUUCCCCUGGAUAUCGACAGUGGACCAACUAAAUCUGGGAAUUCAAGCUCCGACCAGAAGCUACAGGCAUCAAAGAAUACAGGUUCUCGUGUGUUCUAUGGAAGUAGAGCUUUUUUCUGAGCUAAAUGGCUCCCCUGAUCCCACGGAAAACAAACAGGUGACUUUAGCAUUUAGACUGCAGACUGAUCCUAAUAGUUAAUUGCAAUAAUGUAUCAUGUAGUGUGGUGUUUUCCUUUUGUAUGUUAUGAUGCCUUAGAUGAGGGGCAAAAUCAUGACUUGUACUGUUAUCAUCUUUGUUUUAUUUCAACCGCUGUAGUAUAUAUGAACCUUUCCCUUUAUAACAAUCCCACUGAUUUAGCUUUUCAA